CUCAGUGUUCCCUGGACCUUGUGUUAGUUGCACAGAUGCAGUGCGGGAAGGGAAUGAUGCACGUAGUUAGUGUAAGAGGCUCUAAGGUCUGCUAUUUUGUGGCUUUUAGUUUCUUAUUCUUGCUUAUAACACUCUGUAAACACACACACACAUAUAUAUGUAAACUGUAUAAAUAUCUGUGGAGAUAUCAACCUUCAGCCUCAGUCACUUUCAGUUUCAUUUCUCUGAAAUUGCUUGUCUGCAGCAUUUCCCUCUUUGAAAACAAUGGCCUCUUACAAGAGAAGAACAAGGAUUGAAAAGGAUAUGGCAGUUGAAAUUUGGAGAGAUGUUUUUCAAGAUAGAAUAGAAGAGUUAUUAGUGCCCCACGUUUGGAAUUUAACAGUAGAUACCAGUCUCCAGAAACAGCCAGGGUGGCUGCAAUACACACAAUGCACGUUUGGCAGGUUUCGUUGCUCACUGUGUACCCGUUGGUGGAACUCUGCUGAAAUACACGUAUUGUUCCUCAUGAAGCUGGACAGAACCAUGAGACGUGGCACAGUGAAUAUGCGAAUAUUCAGACAGGAAUGCAAGAAGUGCACCUCCGCUGUCAUGGAAAAACCAGAGAUUUCCCUGGAGAACAUAACAAUUAUUAUUGGUAACCUGGUCAAGAGAAUCCAGAGCAAAUUCUAUUCGCUUAACAUCAGGAAUGAAGAUGCAAAGCCAGCGGUGUAUAGUGAGAGAAGGGAAGGCCCUCAUAACAAGGAACACUGUGAGGCCUGCAAGCAGAAUGUCUGUCGGUGGCUGGUGUCAGAGGUGAAAGCAGAAAGGCGGCCAGCAUCUGGAUUCGGCUCAGCAGGAAGAAACUCACAUGAGACAACAUUUAGGGAACAGACUGGUUAUGCGGGGCUUGUAUACUCCAAACCUAGACCAGCACCUAAAGUAAAGAAGCCCUCAGGAGAUAAUCAAGGAAACACAUUUGUUGGCCUUGUCUCUGCUGUAAUUUGUGGUUUAGCUUUGCUAUAUCUUUUAAAAAGAUAAUUCUGUUAUCACCUGAAUUUUCUGGCAAAUUAUCUAUUAUCUGUGGGUUCAUUUGUUAGGCAUCCUUCAGUGAAUAUAACUGCUAUCCUUAGACGCUUGGUCAGUGCUUCUCUUAAAAACCCACCUGCAUGUGGUAUCAUCCCAAUAAUCCAUAGAAGAUACUCCGACUGGUGCGAGCACCAUUGAAUAAAUCUUAAUUGGGGGAAUGUAAUAAAAGUCGCAAAGAGCAAAACAAUUGGCACAGA